CGGCAAGGCUGCCUCCACGGUUCCCAUUCGCGGGCCCCAGCUCCCUCACUGGGCUGGAAGGUGACAACCGCGAGAAGGAGGAUGACUCUCUUCGCCUGGGCUUCGGAUGACAUCACAUCCUCCCAACUCGAAAUCGGGCUCGGCGGCCGUCGGACGGGCGCAACUUCCCUGCUCCAUGUGCCACUGUCUCCUGCGCGCCUCCCCUCGCGCCUGAAGUGGAACCGCGGGAGCGCGUCAUGGCCUUGUGGGUGAGCCGGCUGCUCCUGCCGCUGGCCCUGCUGCUGUAUGCUGCUCCGGCCCUCGGGUCGAGAGACUUCCGGAUGUCGCCGCGGACAGUUGAGGUCAAGAGCCGGGGCGAGCGGGUGACGCUGAAAUGUCAGGUGCUGCUGUCCACCUCGGCGCAGGGCUGCUCGUGGCUCUAUCAGAAGCCAGGAGCCCCCACCAGCCCCAUCUUCCUAAUGUACACCUCCUCGACCCGGACCAAGCUGGCGGAGGGGCUGGACAGCAAGCGGUUCUCGGGGAUGAAGACCCAGGACGUCUACAGCCUCACCCUCAACGACUUCCAAGAAAAGGACCAAGGCUACUAUUUCUGCUCGGUCCUGAGCAACGCCGUGUUGCACUUCAGCCCCUUGGUGCCAGUCUUCCUGCCAGCGAAGCCCACGACGCCCGCGCCGCUGCCACCCACGCCGGCGCCCACCAACGCAUCGCAGCCAGUGUCCCUACGCCCGGAGACGUGCCGGCCAGCGGCAGGGAGAGCAGUAGACACGACGUGGCUUCACUUCGCUUGUGAUACCUACAUCUGGGCGCCUCUGGCUGGGACCUGCGCGGUCCUUCUCCUGUCUCUGCUCAUCACGGCCAUCUGUAACCACAGAAACCGAAGACGCGUUUGCAAAUGUCCCAGGCCCGCGGUCAGACUGGGAGGCAAGCCCAACCCUUCAGAGAGAUAUGUCUAACAUGGCGACAGGCCCUACACGACAGCCACUACAAGACUCCAAACUGAGAACUGUCCUUACAAGGAGAGCAACAGUCGUUCCUUUUUGGUUUUUUCAGCCUUCCUUAUUGUAUUCAUUCUCAUUAUUAUUAUCUUUGUUGGUUGGUGGGAGAAGUGUUACUUUUUCUUUAUGUCUUUAAUUGACACAAAACAAAAUUAGAUAAUGCCUCAGGUAUACUGUAAAGGUUACAAUACCAUUGUGCACACAUAUUGGGGGAAAGGACAGGCUGUGUUCUCAGACCAGGCCGUUAGAACUGGUGGGGGCCUCAUGACCACUUGGUCCAAACCUGUCUUCCACCCAGUUUACAGAGGAGGACGCUGAAGUCCAGAGAUGGGGAGAAGCAAAGCCCGGCUCUCUUCUUCCACACCAUUCAGGUCUUUCUCCAGGAGGCCUCUCUCUCAGCGUGGGGUUCUGUGUCUCAAACCACAAGGGAACAAGUCAUUUCUUGAGCACCUGUGAUAGACCCCCAUUACUGCACCCAGCACCUUGAGAAGGUAAUGAAAUAAGAGAAUUUCUGCCUUUUGCAGAGUUCUAUAAUGUACUUGAACAGUAUCAGACUUUUCUAUAAGCAAGCAUGAAAUUGUAUAGACAGCAGAAAUUCCUCAAAUAAAGUGGAUGGGGUGAACUGAAUCCUGGAAAAUGAAUAACUCGAUCUCUAAAGAAAAUCUCUGUGAAAUCUCUAAGUGGAGGUAAAACUACGCUCCCAAUCCUUCAUUGCAGAGGGAACCAUGAAAGAGGAGAAGCCACCCCUUUACAAAUAUGAUUACUGAUGAGCAUCAGUAAAGUUGACUGGAGGUCCUCUUGAAUCUCUAAAUUUGAGAUACCAUAUUUGAACAUGCUCCUGAGAUCACUGAUGACUCUUUAGUCUGUAAAGACAGAAUUGUUAAAGAGCUGCCAGCAGUGCCCUGGCCUCCCCUCGACCUGCAGUUGUAAGGACGUGGCAGAACAGACUCGGUUCUGGUGAGGAGGCUAAUUGCCUAAACUGCUGCCCUGCACAUGCAUCUCCUCUCUUAUGGUAUCCAAGAAAUGUGUGCUUGCUGGAAGAAAAAGCUUAAAUAGAUAAGGAAAUCAGAAUCACCCAUAAUUCUUUACUUCAGGUAUAAUCCACUAUUAGUAUUAUGGUAUACAUUCUUCCUGAUUAUUUUCUAUGCGUAUAUGUAAAAUAUAUAGUUUGCUUUUUGAAGAAAAAAAGGGGAUUGCACGAUGCUUUUUAUAAAUGGCUUUAAUAAACAUUUGUGACAUGCUUUUUAAUGGCAAAAUAACAUUCCAUUUUUGGUUGUGCCAUCAUUUAUUUAACUAUUACUCAACAUUUGAUUGUUUCCAUUUUUCACUGCUAUAAUACUGCUAAAAGUUAGCACACAUCUUUAUUUCUUUAAAAUAAAUACCCAAGGUGUGGCCAGUUAGCUCUGUUGGUUAAGAGAGUGGUGUUAAUAACACCAAGGUUGCUAGUUAGAUCCCCAUAUGGGCUUUGAGUGGCACCCUCCUUAAAAUAAAAAAAAUUUUUUAAUAAAAUAAAAUAAAUACCCAAAAAUAAAAUUACUGGAUCACUCCUCACUUUCAUCUUGGACUCCCCAUUUUCACAUCAAUUAAAACAGAUUAGCCUCUUCUUGCAUCACCUUCUUUUCUUCUUUCUGGUAACAGAUGAGCUGAUACUCCUCUCAUACUAAAUCACAAAGUCUUUAUUCUUGUUGUUGUAAAAUGUACAUACUGAAAAAGGUACAAAUCUCCAAGACACUUAGUGGUCUAAGUGAACACACUCAGCCAGCACCAGGUCAAAAAUAGAACUUUUUCUGCCCUCCAGAAACUGCCUUUCACAACCUUAAUUUUUUUUUUAAAGUUACUUUAAAAAAAAUUAGUUUCAGGUGUACAAAACAAUGC